UGCAUCUUAGUAAGCAAACAACCACAAGUUUGUCUUGGGAUAAGGAAAGAUUUCAUACUGCCAACCCAAACUUCUCUCUUCUAAAUCGGUGUUCGAUGCCUGUCGAACCACUCCACUCAUCCCUAUUUCGAACAAAGUAUCGGCACUUUGUCGAACACCUUACCAAGGACAGCAGGCAUCCUCCUGAUUCGGAGAAGAUUUAUCUCCAUCCUCUUGAAGGCAGGAACCAUCGGGAGCAACAUGGUAGCGAAACACUCUAAAAAUAUAUCCCGUCAUUCUCUCUCUCCGCUUUUCUUUUCGACAUGCCCCCAAAAGAAGGUUCACCCAAAAAAGUUGAUCCCACAGAUGCUGAAGAUCUCGGUUGGGUGUGUGAUGAUGCUAGAACUUCAUGAGAGCAAACUGCAUGUAUAACUUCCGGAUUGGCGCGGAACAAAGUUUUGACUAGGGGCAUUGGCGUUAGACUGAUUCGAUUCAGAUUCACUACCACAAGCUAGAAGGAAACUCAGCAAAAAGUAUUGUUGAUUAUGAAAGAAAUGUACUCCUAGUCACUUCUAAUGGCUGCAACACAAGAAGAAAAGCCUCUGUUUAUUAUAAAUGAAAUGCAAACGCGUAUGCAAGAAAUUUCACAUACUCGAACAGAUACUCCAACUUAAGCGACAUAAACGAAAAGUGUGUGAUGGAAACCACAGAAGAUAAAAAAUAACAAAUUAUUACCAUAAGAUUCCUAUUUAAGCUAUCAUAGCGUCUUAGGGACCAGAAUAAAAUAAAUUCAAACUAUGAAAUCCUGUAGAUCGCAUAGUGAAAUGAAGGAAAGGUGAUACUUUUUUUAAUCGAACAUGUUGGAUCUUUUUCGCAGCGUGAAAGGCCUCGUCAAGGUUUCCAGAACCAAAAUCGACAAUGAAGUCUUCCGUCUGCAUUAUACCUUUACAGUGUUAUGUUUAGUAACAUUCUGCAUAGUGGUCACUACCAAGCAAUACGUUGGAGAUCCAAUACAAUGUGCUCACUCCAGGGAAUUUGCAUCGGAGAUUAUGAACACCUACUGCUGGAUUCACACAACCUAUACCAUUCCCUCUGCCUACCAAAAGAAAGUGGGUACAGACAUACCUCAUCCAGGUAUCGAUUCAACCCCAGAUGAAAGCAAAUUCAGGUACCAUAAAUACUACCAAUGGGUUUGCUUCAUGCUAUUCUUCCAAGCUACUUUAUUUUAUAUUCCAAGAUGGCUGUGGCGCAUGUGGGAAGGAGGAAAGAUACAGGCACUCAUGAUGGACCUGGACAUUGGACUCCUGGGGGAAGCCGAAAAGAAAGCAAAGAAAAAACUCUUGGUCGAUUACUUGAUGUGCAGCUGGAAGACACAUGACUGGUACGCUGGACGGUACCUCAUAUGUGAAAUCCUCUGCUUCAUCAACGUGGUUGGACAAAUGUUCUUGCUCAACAAGUUCUUUGACGGUGAAUUCUGGGAAUACGGUCUUGAAGUGAUCCACUUCGCAAGUAUGGAUCCGGAGGAGAGAAUGGAUCCAAUGAUAAGGAUUUUUCCACGUGUGACAAAAUGUCGCUUCAUGAAGUAUGGUCCAUCCGGGAACAUUGAAAAAUACGAUGCCCUGUGUGUCAUGCCUCUGAACAUCAUCAAUGAAAAGAUAUACAUCUUCCUCUGGUUCUGGUUCGUGGUACUAGCUAUUUUGUCAGGAUUUGUUCUGAUAUUUCACAUGGUUCUAUUUGCCUGUCCACCAGUUCGGGUAUAUGUAUUGAGCAUGAGGUUCAGGUUUGCACACAUGGAGAACUUGCACAUGCUUGUAAGGAAAGGAUCGUUCGGUGAUUGGUUCCUUAUUUACAUGUUGGGUCAAAACGUAGACUCUAUGAUAUUUAAAGAGAUUGUUGUAGAAGUAGCUCAUAAAGUUACUAGUGAACCGAAAGAAUCUUUAUGACCAAUGAAAACAAAACUAGAACAGUGCCGUCAUAGAACUUCAACCAAAAUUUUCAAGCACAAUAUAAUGUUUAAUGUUAUUUUUGUGAAAUUGUGUUUGAAAUUUGUUCACUGCCAUAUCACAUUUAAAUAUAUCACUUCUUUUCUAAAGUUGACUUUCUAUAAUUAAAAAUGUACUUUUAGAA